GGUCAUGGUAUAUAAACACAAGUUCAAGGCAAGUACAGUUUCAGAUAUUUUUCAUUAGUCGAGUUGAUAACAAGUGCCUGCAAAAAGUGGUUCUGUGUGCGGACUAGCAUUUUAGAUUUGAACAGGAUGGUGACAAAUAAAACAAUCGGAUGGACCUCACUUUUUUGCCUCGUUUGUCAUUUUAUUUUGGCACAAACAUAUCCUCAAAUACCAAAUUCUGAAGAGAUUCAACAGCUGCAUCCCACAUACUAUACAAAUCCUCAAAUUAACAGAAAAUUUGCUGAAAAACCAAACGUUAUUAAAAAAGUUGCAUUAGAUGACAUAGACGAUAUACAAACCAAUCAAAUACAAGAUGUUGGGUUUUCUUGGUCAAAUAUGCUGGGAAUGUUAAUGCAGAUGAUGUUUAACGGUGGCAAUAACGCUCCCAUGAAAUCUGAUGACAUAGACAACGGAGGCACUUUUUCACAAUCUCCUUGGGCGAACGUAAUAUCUGUUGGACUUAAAAUAAUCACUGCUCUUCUUGGAGGUGGGACCAACGAUGGCAUCGACAAAGUGGAUAAUGGCAGUUCUCCAAUGCAGAAUGUGCUCGCAGCUGUGUUCACUGCAAUGUUCGGUGCAAAGGAUCCGGACCAAGUAAAUACCAUGGCAAAACAAGCGGGAGAGUUUAUCAACAUAGUCGUCAACCUACUGGAUGCACUAAAAACAUCUUUCUCUCAUCGUUCCCUCUCGGCUAGAAAUUUAGGGAAAAAAGAUUCAUUGAGUGAUGCUGCUAUUGCUGGAAUAACCGUACUAAAAUCCUACGCCAAGUCAUACACAAAUACCAAGGAUAAUUGUCUGCUGAAAUAUAUAUGUGAAGCUAAUAAUGACUGCGUAAACGCUGUAGGAGGAUUGAGUAUUUUCUGUCAACUCGGAAAUUACGUGACGAGCUACAUGAUGGAAAGGCAGACUACCAAAUCCUUUGAAGUUUUAUAUGAAGCUGGAAGAAACGGCCGGAUAGGAUUAGAUUGUCGACAAUUGUAUCUAGAAUGCAAUGAAGUCUAAAACUCGCGUGUUUAAUCAUGCUACAUAUAUUAAAAUGGUGCUUUUGGAAUGAAUGAGAAUGAUAUAAACAAGCUGGUAAUAAAUCAUGCUCUAGAAAACGUUACCCAGUAGAAUCAGGAAAUAUAUAGAAUGCCAGUGUCGCUGCAGUGCAGUAAACAACACACAUUUGCAGAUGUAUACCCGAAAAAAUAGCCCUGACACAAAGAUAAGAAUUAUUGUAAC